CUUGGCUGGAUGUGCAGGAAUGAAUUUCUUGUGAUUCCUGUUUCUAGAACAGUGAGAAAUGUUUCCAUGCAGCAGGGUGUAGUCAGGGUGCAAACAAUUGUUUAAGGAAAGCAUGGAUGAUGCUCGAAGCACAUUGGAAAAUGUUUCAUGGAAUGUUUUGGCUAAAGGUGUGGGCAAGAGCAGCUUGCUGUUGCGUUUUGCAGAUAACACGUUUUCAGGCAGCUACAUUACCACAAUUGGAGUGGAUUUUAAAAUCCGGACAGUUGAGAUCAAUGGAGAGAAAGUGAAACUGCAGAUCUGGGACACAGCUGGACAAGAGCGCUUCCGAACCAUCACAUCAACGUAUUACAGAGGAACACAUGGAGUCAUUGUUGUCUAUGAUGUAACCAGUGCAGAAUCUUUUGUGAAUGUAAAACGGUGGUUGCAUGAAAUUAAUCAAAACUGUGAUGAUGUCUGCCGGAUACUAGUGGGAAAUAAGAACGAUGACCCAGAGCGAAAAGUAGUAGAAACAGAAGAUGCCUAUAAGUUUGCUGGGCAGAUGGAGAUCCAAUUGUUUGAGACCAGCGCCAAAGAAAAUAUUAAUGUGGAAGAGAUGUUUAAUUGCAUUACAGAGCUAGUUCUGCGAGCAAAGAAAGAAAACUUAGCAAAGCAGCAACAGCAGCAACAGAAUGAUGUGGUGAAGCUAACGAAGAACAGUAAAAGGAAGAAGCGGUGCUGCUAAUGCCCUUCCCCUGCUGCAGAGACUCUGCUCUGACAGAUCAGCCCUUCCAGCUAGACUCGGGCAGUUCCACUGGGACAGGCUUUGGGAGGACUUUCUCAGUUUUGUGCCGUUAUUUAAAGAUUAUUUUUUUUCUCCAUGUUUUCUAUCAAGAGGCGCUGGCACCUUACCACUUCAGUGCCAAGAAAGUAUCGGAUGGAAUCUUGCCCCUCUCUCCUCCCCUGCUCAUUCCAGUGCGCCUUGUAGACAAGAAAGGACGUUGCCUACCAAGUGGACUAAUUAACCCAAGAGUUUGUAUAUAAUGUAUAUUGCGUUAACCAGCCUCGCCUCCCUGUUGUUGCUUUGGCUUAUGCCUUCUUAAUGUCAACCAAUCAUGGACUGCAGAGUUCACCUUUUUAAUGAAAUAGUACCAAGUUCUUAAAUCAAGUUGGCCUCGGGCUGGCAGCAACUGCUUUCUGGGGCCUCUGGCUUCACUUCUGUUGGGCUCCAGGCUGGCAACUGGUGCCCCUGGGGCCUAUGGCUUCACUUAGAGUUCCAGGCUUUUACUUGGGGCUCUGGCUUUCUUUUUCUAGGUACCGGGAUUGCAGGUGUUGUUGCUGAAGCCUGGGGUUUCACUUCUCAAGCCCUUGGGCUGGCAGCUGGUGCUGCUGCUGGGGCCUUGAAUUUCAGUUUGCCAUGAUCCGGGUUUUUGGCUGGGUCCUUGGGUUUCAUCUUCAUGUGCUGCAGCCCAGCUGUACCCAUGCUCUCCUUCCAUUUGUAUCAAGAUACUGAAAAAAAAAAACAACCAGCCUGCAGAAGUGGGAUUUAUUUGGAUAAAACUUUUUUUUUUUUUUUUUAAGGUGAAAUUAAACUCCUUUGACCUCUGCUUCUGGUUCUGCCACGGUCCUAAGUGAGGGUCCACUUCUUUUGAGAACAAAAACCAUGUUCUGCCAAAAAAAACCCAACCAACAAUACCCCUUCCUCCUCAUUGUCCCAUCAACAAAUAGGAGAUGUGAACAUGAAUGUGAAUUUUGGUGGCAGAGCUGCGUUUUUCAGUGAGAAAAGGCAUGAAAAGAAAUCUAGCUAUUCUGGAUUGAUGUCUGAAAGUGAAAGCUGCUGCAGGAUCAUUCCCAGGACUCUUCUAUUAGAAAGGAGGACUGCUCUUUAAUGUAAGAAAAUGGAAAACUUGCUUGGAGGAUCACCUUUGAAAACAAACCGGUCUUGCUGUGCCCAGCAUUGUUUUCUUUGCCCACGUUGGCAUUUCUGGGAAAACAGUGGCUCAGUCUGUUGCCCUGGGUAGAUAAUAGUUAAAGGGGGAGAGAUUGUGUAACUGAAGUAUUAGAUUUCUGGGCUGAAUGUACGUGCUCAGCACCUGAAUAAUUGCCUACAUAAUAAUUAAGAAUUUUCUUUAAGAUGACAAAAAGGCAUGGAAGAUAACGAUUUCCUUGAAGACCUUGAAGGCAGACUUACUCCAUUUGUCAGUGAGCCCAUUGGAAUUGCUGGCCUUGGUUUGGUAGGAUGUGGUUCACUGACGUCCAUGAGCUCUGGAUCAGCCCUCCUCUCUCCCUUCCUCCCCGUUCCCCCAGGAGAGGCUAAAAUUUAGUCACUUAUUUUGCCUGUAUUUUUUUUUUUUUAAGAUUUUUACGGGUUGUGGUAAGAGCCCCAAUCAUACAAUCACAUCACAAUCAAUCACUUUGGAGACUUUCUUUUUAAAAAAAAUGCAAACAAUGAAUGUGUAAACACAUUUUUAAUCAGUUCAGGUGCUGGGAGUACAUUUCCAGCUGCCUUCACCCAUCUGUUUUCUUCACAUAUCUUGUAUUGGUAACCCAAGAAAGAGUUGGGAUGACGUUGCUAGCGUGAGCUCUGAUGAUGGUUAGACUCAAGCAGCUGUGGAAAGGGGCAGCUUAAGUUGCACCAGGUGUCAUUCUGUAUGCUUUCUCAUGUUGAAUGUGGUGUAUGCACAAGGAAGGAGCUCUGUCAGUCCUCAAAGCCUUCCUGUUGAAAUGAAGCUGUGCUGUGAUGCUGUGACGGUUACCACUUUCUAAUCAAAGGGUCCAACUGUGUUUCUUUUGGGCUCUCGUGGUAGCGAGUGUGCAGAUCCAGGAAGGAGCAACUUCUUACAGGCUGAAAUAAAUGUCUGAAAUGACUGGAACUGAUGCAAUAAAAUGAGGAAAUGGUGCACCCGAACCUGGAGUGUUCUCUUAUGUGGGAAGAUUGGUUCUCUUUGAGUCCAGGUCUUUGUGGCCACAGUUUGAACUCUGCCAAUCCAGGUGUCCAACUUCCUGCAGUGGGAGUGUUUUCCUAAUACUGGCUGUAGAGGAGUGGUUAUGUCUGCUCUUGCCACUGACUGUUCAAUUGGAAGGGGUGGGGACUGCAUCUCUAGUGGUGUGCUGAUGUGAAGUUUCCUAAAUGUUGAGCAAUGGAAUGUCUAACUGGAUUGCUAGGAUUAUUUCUGUAAUGAAAGUUUCUAAUUAUGCUUUUUAAAUAAUUUUAAAAAACUAAAAAUAAAGGUUACAAGCUGCCAAAUCUUU